AUGGUAAAAAAAACAUUAUUAUUAGUUGGCCGCACUGGUAGUGGAAAAUCGACCCUCGCUAACAUUCUGAUUAAUAAAGAAGAAAAGUUUGAGGAGGGAAGAUAUUCUGUAAGUAAAACCAAAACCAUUCAAAUUGAGGAGUUUGAAUUGGAAGGUAAAGAAUAUCAAAUAAUUGAUACAGUGGGGUUUGGUGAUAUGAAAAUGGAGCCUAGUAAAGUGCUUUCUGUAAUAGUCAGGGGGUGUAGAGCAGCUAAGAAAGGAAUAAGCCAGGUGCUAUUUGUAGUUCAUGAAAAAUUUACGCAGGAAGAAAUAGAUUCUUACAAUAUAUUGAUAGAACUUUUUGAUAAAGAAAUUGCUAACUAUACUACUAUAGUCCGAACUAAGUUUUCCAACUUUGAAAACGAGGAGGAAUGCAAGAAAGAUGUUGAAUUAUUGAUUGAUGAAGACAAUGAAACAAUCACUAAAAUGAUUGAUUUGUGUAAAAGGAGAAUUAUCUAUGUCGAUAAUCCCCCAAUAAGCAUUGCCGGCAACGGCAAAAGAAUAGAAAGACAAAUUUCUCUUAAUAAAGAAGUCCGAGGAGAGUCAAGAAAAAUUCUACUAAAAUAUUUAGAAUCUUGA